CUCUCAUUUUCUUCCUUCUUACCAUGACCAACACACAGUACUACGACUAACAACUCUGUCGGUUUGCAAGAGAAAGAGAAAGAGAAAGAGGAGUUUCUUCUUCAGUAAAAGCUAUACCUUGCCUUGUCUUUCUUCUUCUUCUCGCCCAUUCUCUACUGAUCUGUGGAUUCUCCAUUCCGUACCGUACCACGCGCGCCAUGGAUUCUCAGAUCUAUGGCGUCCGCAAGCUGAUUCCCGUUGUUUUCCUUCUAUUACUCAUCGGAUUAUCCUUAUCCGCCGCCGCAUUACAGGAGAAGCCCAAGCGCUCAUCAUCCUCAUCUUCAUCAUUGUCGACAAACCAGAUUAACUCGAACUCGGUCCUCGUCGCGCUCCUCGACUCGCAUUAUACAGAGCUAGCUGAACUAGUUGAGAAGGCUCUACUUCUUCCCACGCUCGAAGCGGCAGUUAGUCGUCACAAUCUCACCAUCUUUGCGCCCAGAAAUGAAGCCUUAGAACGAGAGCUCGAUCCGGAGUUCAAGCGAUUUCUUCUAGAGCCUGGAAAUCUUAAAUCUCUACAGCAACUUAUCCUCUUCCACAUCAUUCCGAACCGGAUCCGAUCCAAUGACCUUACGAGUUCUACCGCAGAUCCAGUCCGCCACGAGACGCUCUGCAGCGAACAUGUCCACAUCUCAGGCAAAAGUUCCGGCCCGGUGAUGGUAGAUCUGGCCAAGGUCAUUCGUCCAGAUGAUGUCAUACGGCUUGAUGGCGUAAUCCAUGGGAUUGAGCGGCUACUGGUUCCUCGAUUGGUUGAGGAAGAUUUCAACCGGCGACGGAACCUCCAGUCAACCACCGCGGUUCAUCCGGAAGGAGCACCUGAAGUUGACCCCAGGACUAACCGAUUGAAGAAGCCGGCACAGCCAGUCCCUAUCGGAGCACCUCCAGUAUUACCGGUAUUCGAUGCUUUGGCUCCUGGACCGUCAUUGGCACCGGCGCCGGCUCCGGGACCUGGAGGACCACAACACCACUUCGACGGUGAGAGUCAAGUGAAGGAUUUCAUCCAGACACUGCUGCAUUACGGGGGAUAUAACGAAUUAGCUGACAUUCUGGUGAAUCUAACAUCUCUGGCAACGGAGAUGGGUCAUCUGGUGUCGGAAGGUUAUGUCCUGACGGUGUUAGCCCCGAACGAUGAAGCAAUGGCGAAACUGACGACGGACCAGUUGAGCGAGCCUGGCGCACCAGAGCAGAUAAUUUACUACCACAUUAUACCGGAAUACCAGACGGAAGAGAGUAUGUACAACUCCGUCCGACGAUUCGGGAAAGUUCGAUACGACACACUCCGGCUGCCGCACAAAGUAGUGGCGGAGGAGGCAGAUGGGUCUGUGAAAUUCGGUCAGGGCGACGGUUCGGCUUAUUUGUUUGAUCCAGAUAUUUACACAGACGGGAGGAUAUCUGUGCAGGGUAUUGACGGAGUACUAUUUCCGGUCGAAGAUUCGAAGCCGCCGGCGAGUAAAGUUGUGCCGCCGCCGGCUAACACUGUCAACAAGCCACGGAGAGGUAAACUACUUCAAGUAGCGUGCAGAAUGCUUGGGGUAUUUGGGAAGGAUUCACAAUUCUCUAGCUGUCAUUGAACAUUCUCAUACUUUAGAAAAAUCUUUGCAAAAGAAAAUGAAAAAGUUAUUAAUAGGAUGCUAGAUAAAAGGGAAGGGAAGGGAAAGAUGUUGUGGGGGGUGGUGUUGCCAGUGAAGUUUCUUAUAUGAGAAAGACCCGCAUUAAGGAAGUGUUGUUUUGUUCUUAUAAAUAACUGUAAUUAUACUACAUUUGUAUUUUUUUUGGUGUAUCUACAUGCCUCUAUGUGAACAAAAUGAAACUUAUCUGGGGUGUUAUUAUUUGUUAUUUUUCCAUUGUGGCUUUGUCAUAAUAAUAUAUAAUACAACAUUUUUUUGUAUAUUCUUUUAUGUAAUAAUGCUGGCUUUUAUUGUUGGA